UCUUCAUUGUUCCCAAUUCCCAAAUCCAUCAGCUUCCCCUUCUACUAUUCUCCUCUGCCUUCUAUCCGGAGUCGAAGCCCUAAUUUCUUCUGCCAUGGCGUACCGGACGCUCGAGAUCACCCUGAUCAACGCCAAGGGCCUCAAGGAAGUCAACCUCAUAUCCAAGAUGGCCGUCUACGCCGUCGUCUCCCUCUCCUCCGACUCCCGCGCGCGGCAGCGCACGCCGCCGGACCGCGAGGGCGGACGCAACCCCACCUGGGACUCCACCCUCCGCUUCACCGUCCCCGCCGACGCCGAUCUCGCCCGCAAGCACUUCCUCAACAUCCUCCUCCGCACCGAGCGCACCCUCGGCGACCGAGACGUCGGCGAGGUCCGCGUGCCUCUCUCGGAGCUGCUCUCGGGCGCCGGAAACGGUGCGUUGUCCGCCCAGUUCAUCAGCUACCAGGUCCGCAAGAUGACCUCCGGCAAACCCAAGGGCGUUCUCAACUUCUCCUACAGGCUCGGCGAGCGCAUGGCAGCGCCUGUUCCGGCGACGGGAUAUCCACCGCAGUCCGCAGCCUAUCCGUAUCCUCCUCAACCCGCGCCAAAGGCCGAUGAGCCUGUGAUGGCGUACCCUGUAGGUACGGGCUAUGGAACGCCGCCGCCUCCGUAUCCGCCGGCGGUCGGUUAUCAGCAGCCGCAGGCGUACGGGUACCCACCAUCGGGGUACGGGUACCCGCCGGCAGGAUACGCUUACGGGGCAGCACCACCUCAACCGCCGAGGAAGAACAGGAUGGGAUUGGGAUUGGGGGCGGGGUUACUCGGAGGCGCACUCGGCGGGCUUCUGAUCGGAGACAUGAUAUCCGAUGCUACGUCCUACGAUGCCGGUUACGAUGCUGGAUAUGACGACGGCGGUGGCUUUGAUUUUUGAUUCUAGCUUCUAGACGUGUUUUGUCCGGUGUCUCUUGUAGGCUUCUUUGGAAGCCUUGUACAGUAGUUCUUGUUGGAAUAUUAGUGAAAACUAUGGAUUGCGCGCAGUGUA